AUGCCAUCGAAUCUGCCUUAUGCCGCAGAUGCGGAAAGCCCCCUGAAACCGGCGGAACUACAAGUACUUCGUGCGCAGUAUGAAAAAGAAGGCGACUAUGUUUCGGUGCAGACAAAAUUUAACUAUGCUUGGGGAUUGAUUAAAUCGAACCAACGCGGUGACCAACAACUGGGCGUCCAACUCCUUUCGGACAUCUUCAAGACGACACCGGAACGAAGGCGCGAGUGUUUAUACUAUCUCGCCUUGGGCAACUACAAGCUCGGGAAUUAUGCUGAAGCCAGACGGUACAACGAUUUGUUACUAGAAAAAGAGCCUGGGAAUCUGCAGGCUGCAAGCUUGAGACAGUUAAUCGAUGACAAGGUAUCGAGAGAAGGGUUGAUGGGUGUCGCGAUUCUCGGCGGUGCUGCUGUGGUUGCUGGAAUUGUUGGUGGUAUGAUUAUGAAAGGGUCAAGAAGAAGGUGA